AUGGUGGGCUACUUUGGGCUUAAGCCAAAGUCUGGGGAGAAGGAGGUGGCCCCCGGUUACGUCUUCAUGCUCUGGUACGAGUUCUGCAGCGACUUCAAGAACACGUGGAAGCGGGAGAGUAAGAACAUCUCCAAGGAGAGGUGAGUGGAAGAAACCAUGUCUGCAUCACCAUUCAUCAGCGCUCAUAUUAAAUCACACAGCUAAUGACGAAAGGGAAAGUUCUAGAGCUCUUUGCCAACUAUCUAUUUCUAGAAACAUGAGUGUUCUUUUUUUGAUUAGAUAAAAGGGGGAUAUGUUAUGACCGGGCCAAAGUUCAGUCUUCACACAUUAAAUAUGUUGAACAGCACCUUUAGUCGCUCUUUUCUUACACAUCUUUAACACAUAACAGAUUGUUGGUGUCCCUCACGUUCCUGUGUGGUACAAAACACCCUGAACGGGGAAUGAUGAAUUCUGUAAACAGUGUGGAGUGGAGCUGUUUUUACCAGUUAUUAAAGCACAGGGGUGUCAAAGAGAAGGUAGGCAGGCCGGGCCCAGGGCCUGGUACAAUGUCAAAGCCUGGGGCUGGAUUUACGAUGUUUCAUCUGACUCGAGGCGUGGUGUCGUGGGGGAGUCCCACUGCGGGACAGCAGCUCUCCUGGAGGCCUUCUGGCUUUACUAGCAGGGGAUGGGGGCCUGUUAAAGACUGUGUGUUCUGUGAGGACUGUUAAACAUUGUCAUGAUUUGACCAGUCCAUAGGGCUGCAGGCUUACUGCACAUGGAGAGAUGCAGCACUGGCCUAACCUGUGCCAAGUAUCUGGUGUCAGGGCUGCUGGAAGGGACUUUGAGGGGCCAGACGUGCGUUAGGCUAUUUUGGCAUCAUGGUACUAAGCUCUUAGGGGCCGAUUCCAACUUAGGAAUUUACAACUUUCCUAUACACUACUCAGUAUUUGGUAUUCAGACUUACCUUAUUCUGUCGUGUAACACGCUCUGCAGGUGUGGCUACCUUGCACGCGCUGAAUACAUUUCAUUCAACCGCUGAAAACAAGCCGAAGAACUCCAUCCCAACCGUGAAGCACAGGGGUGGCAGCAUCGUGCUGUGGAGGUGCUUUGCUGCAGGAGGGACUGGUGCACUUCACAAAAUAGAUGGCAUCAUGAGGAAGGAAAAUGAUGUGGAUAUAUUGAAGCAACAUCUCAAGACAUCAGUCAGGAAGUUAAAGCUUGGUCGCAAAUGGGUCUUCCAAAUGGACAAUGACCCCAAGCAUACUUCCAAAGUUGUGGCAAAAUGGCUUAAGGACAACAAAGUCAAGGUAUUGGAGUGGCCAUCACAAAGCCCUGACCUCAAUCCUAUAGAACAUUUGUGGGCAGAACUGAAAAAGCUUGUGCCAGCAAGGAGGCCUACAAACCUGACUCAGUUACACCAGCUCUGUCAGGAGGAAUGGGACAAAAUUCAGCCAACUUAUUGUGGGAAGCUUGUGGAAGGCUACCCGAAACGUGAGCCCAAGUUAAACAAUUUAAAGGCAAUGCUAGAAAAUACUAAUUGAGCGUAUGUAAACUUCUGACCCACUGGGAAUGUGAUGAAAUAAAUAAAAGCUGAAAUAAAUCAUUCUCUCUACUAUUAUUCUGACAUUUCACUUUCUUAAAAUAAAGUGGUGAUCCUAACUGACCUAAAACAGGGAAUUUUUACUAGGAUUAAAUGUCAGGAAUUGUGAAAAACUGAGUUUAAAUGGAUUUGGCUAAGGUGUAUGUAAACUUCCGACUUCAACUGUAUAAUUUGUUAACUUGUUAACAAGUUAAUAGGCUAUUUAUUGUAUUUCAAACGUGCUAUUGAUUGUGUUUGGUUGUCAAUACAACCAAAUAUCAACAUUUAAAGGAGAUUUGUCUUCUGCUUGGAUAGUUCCAUCUGUGCCACUGAUUUACAGUAGUCUGGUUUUAAUUCCAGUUUUUCUAUGAAUAAAAGUUAAAGAAUAAAACCAAAUCAAACUUUUUAAAUGCACAUUAAAUAAAGUUUAAUUUGAUUUAGUCCUAUUCUUUAACUUUGAUGUUUGGUUGAGAUGGAGACGUGAAUAGACAAAAUUAAAUUAAAGCCAGACUAAGUCAGUGGCACAGAUGGAACUAUUACAUUUACAUUUACAUUUUAGUCAUUUAGCAGACGCUCUUAUCCAGAGCGACUUACAGUUAGUGAAUACAUUUUUAUUUUUUAUUUUUUUAUACUGGCCCCCCGUGGGAAUCGAACCCACAACCCUGGCGUUGCAAACGCCAUGCUCUAUCAACUGAGCUACAUCCCUGCCGGCCAUUCCCUCCCCUACCCUGGACGACGCUGGGCCAAUUGUGCGCCGCCCAUGAGUCUCCCGGUCGCGGCCGGCUGCGACAGAGCCUGGAUUCGAACCAGGAUCUCUAGUGGCACAGUUAGCACUGCGAUGCAGUGCCUUAGACCACUGCGCCACUCAGGAACUAUCCAAACAGAAGUUACAGCUUCUUCAAAUGUGACAUUUGGUUGCAUUGACAAGGGCUCGAUUCAAUCUGUAUCGUUGAAGUUCAGCGUUAGCGGAGACUGCAUUCACGGUAAAUCAAACGUUAUUACACAUAUUUUGCAGAUGUUAUCGCAGGGGCAGCGAAAUUCUUAUGUUACAAUCUCCAACAGUGCAGUAAUACCUAACCAUACAAAACAAUACACACAAAUCCCAAAAAUAUCAGAACAAGCUAUGUCAGAGUCCAGAAUAUAAAUAUAUAUGUAUAUGAUGGUGUUUAUAGACAUUAUGGACAGUAUAUGAAUAGAAAAAGGUGUGUACAGCAGUAGUUACAUUGCCUUGCAAAAGUAUUCAUCCCCCUUGGCGUUUUUCCUAUUUUGUUGCAUUACAUCCUGUAAUUUAAAUGGAUUUUUAUUUGGAUUUCAUGUAAUGGACAUACACAAAAUAGUCCAAUUUGGUGAAGUGAAAUUUAAAAAAUAACUUGUUUCAAAAAAUUCUAAAAAAUCAAUAACAGAAAAGUGGUGCGUGCAUAUGUAUUCACCCCCUUUGCUAUGAAGCCCCUAAAUAAGAUCUGGUGCAACCAAUUACCUUUAGAAGUUACAUAAUUAGUUAAAUAAAGUCCAUCUGUGUGUAAUCUAAGUGUCACAUGAUCUGUCACAUGAUCUCAGUAUAUAUACACCUGUUCUGAAAGGCCCCAGAGUCUGCAACAUCACUAAGCAAGGGGCACCACCAAGCAAGCGGCACCAUGAAGACCAAGGAGCUCUCCAGACAGGUCAGGGACAAAGUUGUGGAGAGGUACAUAUCAGGGUUGGGUUAUAAAGAAAUAUCCGAAACUUUGAACAUCCCACGGAGCACCAUUAAAUCCAUUAUUAAAACAUGGAAAGAAUAUGGCACCACAACAAACAUGCCAAGAGAGGGCCGCCCACCAAAACCCACGGACCAAGCAAGGAGGGCAUUAAUCAGAGGCAACAAAGAGACCAAAUAUAACCCUGAAGGAGCAGCAAAGCUCCACAUCGGAGAUUGGAGUAUCUGUCCAUAGGACCACUUUAAGCAGUACACUCCACAGAGCUGGCCAGAAAAAAGCAAUUGCUUAAUUAAAAAAAUAAGCAAACAUGUUUGGUGUUCGCCAAAAGGCAUGUGGGAGACUCCCCAAACAUAUGGAAGAAGGUACUCUGGUCAGAUGAGAUUAAAAUGUUGCUUUUUGUCCAUCAAGGAAAACGCUAUGUCUGGCGCAAACCCAACACCUCUCAUCUCCCCGAGAGCAGCAUCAUGCUGUGGGGAUGUUUUUCGGCAGGGACUGGGAAACUGGUCAGAAUUGAAGGAAUGAUGGAUGGCGCUAAAUACAGGGAAAUUCUUGAGGGAAACCUGUUUGUCUUCCAGAGAUUUGAGACUGGGACGGAUGUUCACCUUCCAGCAGGACAAUGACCCUAAGCAUACUGCAAAAGCAACACUUGAGUGGUUUAAGGGUAAACAUUUAAAUGUCUUAGAAUGGCCUAGUCAAAGCCCAGACCUGAAUCCAAUUGAGAAUCUGUGGUAUGAUUUAAAUCCCAGUGGCUAGAUGUGCCAAGCUUAUAGAGACAUACCCCAAGAGACUUGUAGCUGUAAUUGCUGCAAAAGGUGGCUCUACAAAGUAUUGACUUUGGGGGGUGAAUAGUUAUGCACGCUCAAGUUUUCUGUCUUAUUUCUUGUUUGUUUCACCCAAAAAAGUAUUUUGCAUCUUCAAAGUGGUAGGCAUGUUGUGUAAAUCAAAUGAUACAAACCCCCCAAAAAUCAAUUUUAAUUCCAGGUUGUAAGGCAACAAAAUAGGAAAAAUGCCAAAGGGGUUGAAUACUUUCGCAAGCCACUUCAAAGGCACAUAGGAUGACCCUUGAAUAGAAUACAGUACAGUAUAUACUGUACAUAUGAUGUGGGUAAAACUGUCUGUUAACAUUAUUAAAGUGACCAUUGUUCAAUGACUAUGUACAGUGCAUUCAGAAAGUAUUCAGACCCCUUCGCUUUUCCACAUUUUGUUACGUUACAGCCUUAUUCUAAAAUUGAUUAAAUGUUUUUCCUCUUUAAUCUACAUACAAUACCCCAUAAUGACAAAGCGAAAACAGGUUUUUAUAAAAAUGUUGCAAAAACAUAAUAAUAAUAAUAAUAGAAAUACCUUAUUUACAUAAGUAUUCAGACCCUUUGCUAUGAGACUUGAAAUUGAGCUCAGGUGCAUCCUGUUUCCAUUUAUCAUCCUUGAGAUGUUUCUACAACUUGAUUGGAGUCCACCUGUGCUAAAUUCAAUUGAUUGGACAUGAUUUGGAAAGGCACAAACCUGUCUAUAUAAGGUCCCCCACAGUUGACAGUGCAUGUCAGAGCAAAAACCAAGCCAUGAGGUCGACGGAAUUGUCCGUAGAGCUCCGGGACAGGAUUGAGUCGAGGCACAGAUCUGGGGAAGGGUACCAAAAACGGUCUACAGCUUUGAAUGUCCCCAAGAACACAGUGGCCUCAAACAUUCUUAAAUGGAAGAAGUUUGGAACCACCAAGACCCUUCCUAGAGCUGGCCGGCCGGGCAAACUGAGCAAUCUGGGGAGAAGGGCCUUGGUCAGGGGGGUGACCAAGAACCCGAUGGUCACUCUGACAGAGCUCUAGAGCUCCUCUGUGGAGAUGGGAGAACCUUCCAGAAGAACAACUAUCUCUGCAGCACUCCACCAAUCAGGCCUUUAUGGUAGUUGCCAGACGGAAGCGACUCCUCAGUAAAAGGCACAUGACAGUCCAAUUGGAGUUUGCCAAAAGGCACCUAAAGGACUCUCAGACCAUGAGAAACAAGAUGAUCUGGUGUGAUGAAACCAAGAUUGAACUAUUUGGCCUGAAUGCCAAGCGUCACGUCGGGAGGAAACCUGGCACCAUCCCUACAGUGAAGAAUGGUAGUGGCAGCAUCAUGCUGUGGGGAUGUUUUUCAGCGGCAGGGACUGGGAGACUAGUCAGGAUCGAGGGAAAGAUGAACGGAGCAAAGUACAGAGAGAUCCUUGAUGAAAACCUGCUCCAGUGCACUCAGGACCUCAGACUGGGGCGAUGGUUCAACUUCCAACAGGACACAGUCAAGACAAUGCAGGAGUGGCUUCGGAACAAGUCUCUGAAUGUCUUUGAGUGGCCCAGCUAGAGCCCGGACUUGAACCCGAUCGAACAUCUCUGGAGAGACCUGAAAAUAGCUGUGCAGUGACGCUCCCCAUCCAACCUGACAGAGGUUGAGAGGAUCUGCAGAGAAGAAUGGGAGAAACUCCCCAAAUACAGGUGUGCCAAGCUUGUAGCGGCAUACCCAAGAAGACUCGAUGAUGUAAUUGCUGCCAAAGGUGCUUCAACAAAGUACUGAGUAAAGGGUCUGAAUACUUAUGUAAAUGUCAUAUUUCAUAUUUUUAUUUUUAAUACAUUUGCAAAAAUGUCUAUAGAACAGUUUUUGCUUUGUCAUUAUGGGGUAUUGUGUGUAGAUUGAGAAAAAAAAUAUGUAAUCCAUUUUAGAAUAAAGCUGUAACGUAACAACAUUUGAAAAAGGUCAAGGGGUCUGAAUACUUUCUGAAUGAACUGUACAUAGGCCAGCAGUCUCUAAGGUGCAGGGUAGAGUGUCGGGUGGUAGCCAGCUAGUAAGUGAAUAAGUUCAGGGCAGGGUAAACGCUGCAUAUGUCGGCACAAUCGGAAAUUACCUUUUUAAAUUUGAAUCGUGUAUUCUGUAACGCUUCCCGAGUGGUGCAGCGGUCUAAGGCACAGUAUCUACCUCAAAUACUCCGUACCCAUGCACAUUGAUCUGGGACUGGUACUCCCUGUAUAUAGCUUCAUUCUUGUGUAUUUGAUGUGACAAAAAACAUUUGAUAUGUUUGCCCCAUACGCACCACACAUACAGUAAAGCCGGGCUAGCUAUCUUUGAACUGGUGAGUUAUGGACAGAGUUAAUGCUCUCCCAGCCAUUCCAUGGAUCCAUGUGCUCUCUCUUAAUUGUUUACUAGGCAAUCAUGUCCCGUAUUACCCACAGCUGAUUGUGCUUAUGUACAAUUAACUUUAUUUUAAAUACUGUUCGCACACCCAUAAAACCCAAGUGUUUUUAAGACUAGCUCAUUAUCUCAUCGACCCACUGUCAUUCUCCCUGCUUUCACCAGUGGGUUUCACUACCUGCUAACUCCAGAGAGGGUUAACAGAACAGAGUGGGGCUGUGAGGGAGGAUGAGGACUCUCCAUGCCACAUACAGUAGUGCCCAGGGGGGAUACAUACUGUGGUGUGUACAUGUUGCUGUUACAGUACAAAUAGGUUUUCUGUCUUAGACAUGGCAGUGUUGUGCCACAUGGUCAGAUAUGUGACACAAUGUAAAAAUAUGAGGGAGCUGUUCUGGUAUACACUGAGUGUACAAAACAUUAGGAACACCUUCCUAAUAUUGAGUUGCAUCCCCUCAAUUCGUCGGGCAUGGACUCUACAAGGUUUCUAAAGCGUUCCACAGGGAUGCUGGACCAUGUUGACUCCAAUGCUUCCCACAGUUGUGUCAAGUUGGCUGGUAGUGGAUCUCUACUCCGAAUAGCUAGUUCCAUCUCAUCCCACAGAUGCUCAAAUGGAUUGAGAUCUGGUGUCUGGGCAGGGCACUGCAGUAAGCUGAAUUCACUGUCAUGUUCGUGGAACCAUUCCUUGACAAUCCUAGCCUUGUAGCAUGGGGCAUUAUCCUGCUGAAAAAAUCAAUUCGCAGAUGGAUACACUGCUACCAUGAAGGGAUGCACCUGAUUGGCAAUGGUGUUCAGAUAUCCUGUGGCAUUCAAACAUUGCUCCACUUUUAUCAAGGGGCCCAAUGUGUGCCAUGAAAACAAACCCCACACCAUCAAACCACCACCUCCAGCCUGCAAUGUUGACACGCGGCAAGAUGGAUACAUGUACUCAUAGGGUUUUCUCCAUACCCUAGUCCUCCCAUCAGCUUGAAACAGCAGGAACCGGGAUUCAUCAGACCAGGCAAUGUUUUUCCAAUUCUCCAGCGUCCAGUGUUUUCGUUCCUUAGCCCACUGCAACCGCAGUUUCUUGUGGAACUCUGUAUGGUCGUCGGCUGCCAUACCCAAUUCGUGUCAAGGUACGACGAGUUGUGCAUUAUUUUAUGGGUCUUUGGGCACCAAUGUUGUACUAGACUGUCAGUUGACUAACUGUAACCUGUCUGUUGCUCUGCACAAUUCGUGUCAGCCUCCUUUAUCCUCUUUCAUCAAUAACCCGUUUUCGACCACUGGCCUGCCGUUGGCUGGAUGUCCUUUGGGUGGUGGACCAUUCUUGAUACACACGGGAAACUGUUGAGUGUGAAAAACCCAGCAGCGUUGCAGUUCUUGACACACUCAAACUGGUGCGCCUGGCAACUACUACCAUAACCCGUUCAAAGGCACUUCAAUCUUUUGUCUUGCCCAUUCACCCUCUGAAUGACACACAUACACAAUCCAUGUCUCAAAUGUCUCAAUCAAGGGUUAAAAAUCCUUCUUUAACCUUUCUCCUCCCCUUCAUCUACACUGAUUGAAGUGGAUUUAACAGGUGACAUCAAUAAGGGAUCAUAGCUUUCAGCUGGAUUCACCUGGUCAGUCUAUGUCAUGGAAAGAGCAGGUGUUCCUAAUGUUUUGUACACUCACUGUAUGUACUACCAUCAAAGGUUAUUUUAACCUGUAUAGAUAGAGACAUUUUGUAGUUUCCUGAUAUGAUUGAGGUUGAUGUUUCUUUUCUUCCAGGCUGAAGGAAGCACAGGAGAACAUCAAAAAGAUCACAGCUGAGAAGAGGGUGGAAACCAAGAAGAUCAAUGCCAACAGUCUGGUAAGAACUGUACUCCAACCCCCCUCAAAUAUUUUGAAGGAUAACGUUGUUGCUAUUAUCUUGGCUAUGGACGCAGUCAAUCAUGGUGGAUCAUAUCAAAUAACACAAUGCUAUAAAGCUCAGCUCCCUUUUUCUCCUCUGUCAACAGAAAGAGAGACUGCGUCAGAAGGAAGCCAGCGUGUCCUCCAGCUGA